AUGAGAUUAGUGUCAGAGUGUUAAAAACUAACUUUAAAACGAACCUUGACUUGGCAGUCAAUUAAAAUCAGUUCACAAUGUGGCUGGCAGGACGUGUCCUUGGUGGCUCCAUUCUCCACACAGGCCGCACUUCCUGUCGCUUGUUGCAUCUUAAACGCCGCGAGGUUUAUUCGGAGUGUUUCCGCAUCCUGGGCGUGCACGAGUCGGCGGAUCAGAAUACCGUGCGCCACGCCUACUUGGACCUGGUGAAGCGAGUGCAUCCGGACUCGGGCACCGAAGAGGCCAGCGCCGAACGAUUCCAGCAGGUGGACGAGGCGUUCAGGGUGCUGCAGGAGAAGUUUGCCAAAGGGCGACGCAACAUUCAGGAGGACGAGGACGAGGCCAUGGAGUUUGAUAUUCAGCACACUGCUCCGCAGCACCGCCAGUACCUGUCCAACGAGGGCAUUGGCGUCGGUACACCGUUCCAGCGCCAGAAGCAGUACCAGCAGGUGCGUGCCAUGAAGGCACAAGAGCGCGUCCUCGAGCAUCGCAUCGACAAGGCGGCUGCGGGCGAGAAGACCCUAAUGUCCAAGGGCAAUCAUUUCCGCAAGCACGCCAUCAAGACCAAGUACGGCAUCGAGCGCGUGGUGGAGGAUCUCAUCCAGGAGGCAAUGUCCAAGGGCGACUUUGACAAUCUAAAUGGGGUCGGGAAGCCGCUUUCAUCGGCCCAGUCGCAGACUCCCUAUCUGGACUUUACCACGCACAAGCUGAACAAGAUAAUGCUGGACAACGGCUUCACGCCGGAGUGGAUCAGCCUCAGCAAGGACAUACGGGAGGCUGUGGCCCAGCUCAAGGAGAAGGUGCUCCAGGAGCGUACCCAUUACGGCGAGUGGCCACUGCAACGCCCCGAAGAGCUGGCCGCCUGGCAGACGUUCAGUCAGCAGCACCAGGAGGAAGUCCAGCAACUGAACAAGCUCAUAGACAAGUACAACCUGUUGGUGCCCAUCCUGAAGAAUCAGUUCUUUCGCCAGAACCUGGACACAAUGGCCGAAAGGGUUUUCAAGGAGCCAGGAUUGCAGCGCAACCUGAAGCGACGACCCACUCCGGAUGCCUAUAUCAACAACAAUGAUCAGAAGCAGCAGAGCACGAGUACAAGCAUCUUUUCCCUCUUUAGCAAUCUUUUGUGAUGGAAAGUUUGUUUUGAACAAACAAUUGGUGAUAUUAGUGAUAUAAUAGUUAUUUUUAAUAAAAAUGAAUUGCAGUCUUAACCAAUCAAAAAUGCA